AUGGCCAAUAUCACGUCUCCAGAUUAUCAACCAAAGGAUACCUUCCAAUCACCUUUCUACUUCUUCCCAUCAUUGGUUACCCAACGCCGUGCCUUCUGUCUGGGAUUCUUGAAACGCCAACGGAUUCGAACUGUAUUAGAACUCGGCUGUGGAGAAGGCACACUUCUUGGAUUAUUGACGAACGCUGCCAGUAGUCUAGGAGAAUUCCCGUCUUCUUCAGAUGUCGAAUGUCUGAAGGCUGAACAAACCAAAGUGAAGGAUCCAGCAAGAAAAGAAAGAUUGGCGAAGAUUGAAGAGAUAGUCAAAAAAACACCCGAGCUGGACUACUAUCAACGAGACCUCCAUCUCGAGCUUCUCAUCGGCCUCGACCUGGACACAGAGAGCCUCCGGCGAGUCCAGGAGACCAUCAAGCUCACCAAUCAGAAACCAAAGCCGGGCCUGCUCCAACCCAACCCACGCUGGGAGCCGCUCAGGGUGGAACUAUGGUCUGGCGAUCUGGCGGUGAACAACGAACGAUUCAAAGAUUUGGAGUGUGUGGUGAUGAGUGAAGUGAUCGAACAUCUCUUUCCUGAUCAACUCAACCAAUCUAUCCCGCUACUCUUUGGGAUCUACAAGCCCAAGUGGAUCGUCAUCACCACACCGAACCACGAGUUCAACCAAUACAUCGAUCAGUAUUCGUCACCGGAGACCAGAAGUCUGCAUCGCUUCCUCGACCCCACCGGCCGUACCGAUCGCUACUUCCGCGACUCCGAUCACAAGUUCGAAUGGACUCAGAGGGAAUUCAAAGUUUGGUGUAAGGCCGUCGCUUCGGCCUAUGGUUACGAUUUCGAGCUCGGCGGAUGCGGCUCUUAUGUCAACUACUUCAUCCAAUCCAUCAGCUCGAUCGAUCCCGCUCAAAACCCUGUGCCAGAAUCUCAACUGCCCGUACCAGAGUCACCCGAAGGAUUCUUUGCCACCCAAUGCGUGAUCUUCAAAAAGAGGGAGAAGCUGAUGGAUGAUGAGGAAGAUAAGGACAAAGCUCGGAUGGCUGGGUUGAAUCAUCCCAAGGCCCGAAAGGGGGAACACCAAUUGGUAGCUGUAGAGGAGUAUCUGGCCCACGAAUCGGUCUACCAGGUUUCGCCUAAGAACGAGAUCCUCGAGCACGUCAAGCAGUACCUCGUCGCCAAUGAGAUCUUCCGGGUCAGACUCCGAGAACUCUGGCUUUGCGACCAAGGCCUCGAUCGGCUCUGUGCCGGCCAACUCAUCCAGCUCGUCCUCGCCUUCGCCGACGAAGACGGCUGGGAACUUUCUAACGACGCCGAGCCGACAGACCCUCUUCCCCCACUCACUGGAAUGGACGCUAUCUGGAUCUCCUGGCUUCACUUCCCCAUGUCUCCAACCAAAUCCCAGAUCGAUUAA